CGAGAUGUUCUGUAAAUUUGGGCGGACACCUUCCAAGACCAUAAAGAUUCUCUUCCAGUUGGUACUCCCGGUCUGCAAAGAGAUGACUUUGUCCCCUAAAAGCCUCUGAAACGUUGUAGUGAGACCCGUGCAAGCUCUUAAAAUGUCAUCGGACUCGAUAUUACAGGGCAAGCAAAAAGAACUCAGGACCAACUACACGUUCAAGGUUAAUUAUGGAUGAUUCUUAAGCUUACGGUAUGAGUGCGUCGAGCUAAAGAGGCAUAAACCUUGCAUUUGGACCGAGACAAUGGCUUAAAAAAAGUGCGUGUGACAAUAAGGCAAAGAGGGUCUUUUGUUGGAACGAUGUGUCACGGAUUGCGGUAAGCUUUUGUCGUGAACUUUGGGAGCUUUCAUUUGAAUAUGAAUCGCCCAAAAAAUGAAAAGCAUUUUGUUCCACUAUUACUUACUGUAUGGUGUACGCAGGAUCGGUGCCUGUAUACAUGUACAUGUAUAACAAAUACUGGAGACUGUUGGAACAUGAUUGUGGAUAGCUUUCUGUGCGACAUUUUGGAUACUCCCGGACUUGCUUCACGAGGACGUUGUUAUUUGGAAUCAGAGACAUCUUAUUAUGUGUCACUGAUUUGUACCCACGAUGGCAAGGAAGAGCUACAUCUAUCUGUUGCUUCUCUCUGUACUUUACUCCCUUACUGGUGAAGUCGAGAGCGCACCUCCGGAGGUCUGCGCCUGGAUCGUUACACCGGAGGCAGAUCGGAAGGAGGGUGGGCGAGUAGAGAUAAAAUGCGUCGCCACAGGCCUUGGGUCCAACCACGUCGUGGAAUGGACCAAUCAGCCACCAGACCAAGUGACAUACAACUACCACCUCCUGACGAGUAGUUUUGAGAGCGGCCGCUUGAUGUACCAGACGGAGAUCUCUGGAAGCACAUUGACUAAGAGCGUUAUCAUCAGCCAGCUGCAAAAAGAGGACACAGGGGACUACUUUUGCAGCGUGUGCGAAGCCCGGGACGGACUGAAGAUUCUCCUGAGCACUUCCAGCGUGCAGCUGUCGGUGUUGUACUUCCCAGGCGGGCCGUUCCCGUUAUGCUCCCCAGACGGGCCCGUCCUGGUAUAUCCAGACGCGGAGCUGAACAUGCUCUGCUGGUCGGACAGUGGUAACUCUGCUGUCGCGAUGGAAGUGAUGCAGGUGCCCGCAAAGUGCACACGAUAUCCCUGGACAUCCUGUAGCAACGAGACCGUGGCAGCAACUUCGCUGACUCUGGCAGUGGGCAUCCCCGACGAGGGGACAUCAUUCGAGUGCACCAUCUCAUCAGUGUAUUUCCCUGGUCAGCGGCGCUCGUGUACCGUCGGACCGAUCAGGAUCGCAGGCCUUGCCGGAUCUGCCAACGUCACCACCGCAGAUCCCCACACAAGAGCAAGAUCCAGUUUUACCAAUGCGCCUUCAGCUGACAAAGAACAAACGCCAGGUCCAUUCGUUCAAGACGAUGUAACAGGACAAGCUGAGCCGAACAGGCCAUCCUCCCAAGCCACAAUUCCGUCCAGAAGUAAGCCCCACCCCAAACCUCACCCGAAGCCUCACCCCAAGCCUCGCCAACCUGCUGGUUUGUGGAAGGUAGCUUUCUUCGUCACCCUAUCCUUCCUGGUCAUCUCCCUCACCUUAAAUGUUCGUCUUCUAGUGUGUAUCCUAAGACCAAGACAAAUAAAUAAUAAUAAUAAUAACCUUUGUGUUGGAGAACCCCAUGUCCAAAUGGAGCUUCAGGACUUGGAGACAAUCUCACAGCGCGUGGAGAAGCAACCAGAAGAGAAUGCGUACGAAGAAACAGAACAUUAAAUUCAAUGAGUAGGCUUUGUAAAUAAUUGUUUGUUUAUUUUUGGUGAAAACCCUCAAUCAAAUUCAAGGAAUGUAAGUAAAAAGACAGAUUAUGAAAAUAAAAUGAAUAGGACAUGACCAAAAUGUAAAGCACCUCCAUAAAACUGCCCUAAAAUCAGACAUUAGAGAAAAGACAUGGAACGCUUCCCUUAUACUUGGAGGAAGAAAAUAUGAGCAUUUUAACCAAGAAAUUAUGUGAGAAAUGCAACCCAUUUUUUAGGUUGCUGAUUUUUGUGUUCUUUAAUUAAGAUUAAAAUUAUGUUUUGUCAAUAUAAAUAUAUUUAUGUAACAUACAACCUAUUUGGCUUCUUGUGCUGAUGAUUAAAGCAACAUGUAUAUAAAUUACCAUAUAAAAGAAUAAAGUGUUUAUAUUACAAAGGAUAACACUCAGUGAAUAAUUUUGCAAUCCAUUAUUGAAGAAUCAAUGAAGAUGAACACAUGUAUAACAAAAAUACGUGAUGUGAUCUUUUAUUGCAAAGAACGGUCACUUUUGUCUUUUUCAGUUCUCUUACUACCACUAGAUAGAAGCUUCUUUUGAAUCUGUAUUUUUUCUAUUUAUUUUCAAUAACGCUUCCCUGAUGUCAACAAAUCAGAAAAUCCAUUUCCCGAAUGGAAGCCAUCGAUGCAAUAUUAAAUCAAGGAUGUUUUCUUUAAUCCCCAAAAUGACGUCGGAGUUCUAUUAACAAGAACAUAAAAGAUGACAAUGUGCUGGGCUCUC